AUGGCUUCUUCAAUCAAGAAUGUGGCCACGGCCUCCAUCCUUCUUCUUCUCACUGCGACCACCAAUGCUCACAUGAUCAUGAAGACUCCUGUCCCUUAUGGCAAGAGUUCCCUCACCAACUCACCACUCCUUGCUGAUGGCUCCGACUUCCCUUGCAAACAACGACCUGGAGUCUACGACGCAGAAGGUGCACAGAAUGUUGCGGCCAUUGGCGAACCUCAAACCUUGAGCUUCACUGGUUCGGCUGUUCACGGCGGAGGCUCUUGUCAAGUCAGUCUGACGACCGAUCUACAACCUACAAAAGAGUCCAAGUGGAUGGUCAUCAAGUCUAUUGAAGGUGGAUGUCCGGCGAACGUGCCUGGCAACCUUCCUGCAGACCCCAACGGAGACGGCGCCUCCACCUUCCAAUUUACUGUUCCAGACGGAAUCGCUCCCGGCGACUACACCCUCGCUUGGUCGUGGAUCAACAAGGUUGGCAACAGAGAGUUCUAUAUGAACUGCGCACCGUUUACCGUGACCCAGAAAAAUGGCGGCGCAAAAAAAAGAGAGGAGGAGAAGCCGGCAGAGGCUCCACAAAUGUCACAAAAACGCCAAAACAGUUUCCCAGACAUGUUUGUCGCAAAUUUGGCUGGGGUUUCUUCUUGUACGACGCCGGAGGGAUUUGAUUAUCUCUACCCCAACCCAGGCAUGUACGUUCAAAAGGCCGGCGCAGGUCCCUACACGCAGCUCUCCUGUUCAGAUGAUGCAGGUAGCAACCCAGCUCCUACGCAAGUUUCCUCGGCCUUCCCAGGAGGAGGAUCUGGAGCUUCCCAGCCAAGCGCACAGCCAGCAGCAGGUUCGGCGGCCGCAGGUCCCCAAAACGGCUCCGACCAAUCUGGAUCAUCUCCUCAAGUCACUGGCUCGGCACCGCCGGCGGGUGGCCUCCCAGUACCAACUACGUUCGUCACCGAAACCUCGAGACCAGUCUCACCCGGUGUCUUCGCCACGUCCGCUGCGGCUGCUGCAGGAUCAGUCAGUCAGUCAGUAGCCCCGGAGGCCGCUCCCACCGCUUCCACUCAACAACCACCCUCAAGUAAUUCCGGGGCAUCCAACGAGACGGGCACUCAAUCAGGAGCUUGCUCGGUCGAAGGCCAGUGGUCAUGUUCCGCAGACGGAAGCUCUUUCCAGCGAUGCAGCAGCGGGGUAUGGAGCGUGUCUAUGGAGAUGGCCGCGGGUAUGAAAUGCACUCCCGGCCUCUCAACCGACUUGGGCAUGAAAGCAGGACGGCUGAGACGUCGCAUAUCAUUCAUGAAAAUCUAA